CAGUUAGUUUAGUGUCAAAAUCCACGUCUGUACCUGGGAGAGAAAGGUGACGUGAAGUCCUGUGAGCCGACCUUGGAGUUCUCAAAGUGGUGAACGUUCAGCGAACGCACUGGAGCCUGUUUGAAUUCCCUUCAGCUCGCUGCGAUCUGCUGAUGUCAUCGAUCAACAAGCCUGAGAAGCCGGACAGGCCAGAGAGCUGUGAUAAUGUCAAGGUGGUUGUUCGAUGUCGGCCCCUUAAUGAGCGAGAGAAAGCGACGGGGUACAAAAUGGCAGUUAGUGUGGAUGAGAUGAGAGGAACUAUCACCGUCCACAAAACAGACUCGUCCAAUGAACCUCCCAAGUCAUUUACAUUUGACACUGUUUUUGGACCAGAGAGUAAGCAACUGGAUGUCUAUAACCUGACUGCGAGACCUAUUAUUGACUCCGUCCUAGAAGGCUACAAUGGCACCAUUUUUGCAUAUGGGCAGACUGGAACAGGCAAAACUUUUACCAUGGAAGGGGUCAGAGCAGUUCCUGAGCUUAGAGGCAUCAUUCCAAAUUCCUUCGCCCAUAUAUUUGGUCACAUUGCCAAAGCAGAGGGGGAUACGAGGUUUUUAGUUCGUGUGUCUUACCUGGAAAUUUACAAUGAAGAAGUGCGGGACCUGCUAGGAAAAGACCAGUCACAGAGGUUAGAGGUUAAAGAGAGACCUGAUGUGGGAGUUUAUAUCAAAGACCUUUCAGCUUAUGUCGUAAACAAUGCAGAUGAUAUGGACAGAAUCAUGACUCUGGGCCACAAGAACCGUUCUGUUGGUGCCACAAACAUGAAUGAGCACAGCUCUCGCUCACAUGCCAUCUUCACUAUCACCAUUGAGUGCAGUGAGAAGGGAGUUGAUGGAAACAUGCACGUGCGCAUGGGCAAACUGCACCUUGUGGAUCUUGCUGGUUCUGAAAGACAGGCGAAAACUGGAGCAACAGGGCAGCGACUGAAGGAAGCUACCAAGAUCAACCUCUCUCUUUCUACACUGGGGAAUGUCAUUUCAGCACUGGUGGAUGGCAAAAGCACUCAUGUGCCCUACCGUAACUCCAAACUUACGCGACUCCUUCAGGAUUCACUGGGGGGCAACUCCAAAACCAUGAUGUGUGCAAACAUUGGUCCAGCAGACUACAAUUACGAUGAGACUAUCAGCACUCUCAGGUAUGCAAACCGAGCCAAGAACAUUAAGAACAAGGCCAGGAUUAAUGAAGACCCCAAGGAUGCUUUGCUUCGUCAGUUUCAGAAAGAAAUUGAAGAGCUUAAGAAAAAACUGGAAGAAGGAGAAGAGAUAUCUGGAUCUGAGACAAGUUCUUCAUCUGAAGAAGAUGAAGAGGACGAUGGGGAGAUUGGAGAAGAUGGGGAGAAGCGGAAGAAACGUCGGGGCAGUAGCAGCAGCAGUAGUUCAGACUCCACAUGCUCUGUCAUAGAGAAACCUCUGGAUAAGUCCUUCACUAAUCAAGCAGGCAAAAAGAAAGUUUCCCCUGAUAAGAUGGUAGAGAUGCAAGCAAAGAUUGAAGAGGAGAGAAAAGCUCUUGAAACUAAGCUUGACAUGGAAGAAGAAGAAAGAAAUAAAGCCAGAGCAGAACUGGAGAAGAGAGAAAAAGAUUUGCUUAAAGCUCAACAAGAGCACCAGUCUCUUCUGGAGAAACUGUCUGCGCUGGAGAAGAAGGUGAUUGUAGGAGGAGUGGACUUGCUGGCAAAAGCAGAAGAACAAGAGAAGCUUCUAGAAGAAUCAAAUAUGGAGCUGGAAGAACGAAGGAGGAGAGCAGAGCAGCUUCGCAAGGAACUUGAGGAGAAGGAGCAAGAACGCUUGGACAUUGAGGAGAAGUAUACCAGCCUCCAGGAAGAAGCACAGGGAAAAACAAAAAAGCUGAAGAAAGUUUGGACCAUGCUUAUGGCUGCAAAAUCAGAGAUGGCAGAUCUGCAACAAGAGCAUCAGAGAGAGAUUGAAGGCUUACUGGAGAAUAUUCGGCAGCUGAGCAGGGAACUUCGUCUUCAGAUGCUUAUCAUAGACAACUUCAUUCCUCAGGACUACCAGGAAAUGAUUGAGAACUAUGUUCACUGGAAUGAAGACAUUGGAGAAUGGCAGCUGAAAUGUGUUGCAUAUACAGGAAACAAUAUGAGGAAACAGACUCCUGUCCUGGACAAGAAAGAAAAAGAUCCCUUUGAGGUGGACCUUUCCCACGUUUACUUAGCUUACACUGAAGAAAGCUUGAGGCAAUCUCUGAUGAAGCUUGAGAGGCCGAGGACUUCAAAGGGAAGAUCCAGGCCCAAGACUGGUCGAAGAAAACGUUCUGCAAAGCCAAGCGCUGUCAUUGACUCUCUGCUGCAGUAGGUGUGACGUGUUCAGAAUUGCCGUAAAAAUCAGUGAGUGUGAAAGGUUUGGCCAGAAUAUGGAAUUUGAGAUGGGACAGUUUGAAGUGGCUAUGAAAUCCAUGCCUUGCUGGUAUGGAGCUUUAAUUAAAAUAUGUAUUUUUCCUUAGUUGCCUGUAAACUGUAUGUUAUAUUAACAUAAUAUUAAACUGGUAUAUUUUAUGGUUGUGAAAUUCCAUGUGUUAAACAAUGUGUUGUGCAGGGAACUGUUGUUGGUAAUCUUUCUUGAAAUGUAUAGAAAAUAAGGAUUCUAUAUGUGUUCAAGUACUAGACAUAAUAGCUCAAAAUGGUUGCUGGAAUCCUGAAACUUAAUGCUGGUAAAUCUGUGUCCUGCUUUGCACAUAACUGGCAGCUUUCACUGUUGUCUUCUGUUGCACUGAUCUGUUUGGAUGCGGUUGCUGCAAACCUUUGAGUUAAGAGCAUCAAGCCCUUUUAUUUGAGUAUUUCACUGUAGUUAUUAAGCUGAUCAUAUUGUGUAUUUGAGACACAACUCUCUUUAUUUGCAGUCUUGCUGUACAAAAAGUAGUUGAGUAGAAGAGUACUUAGAACUACAUAAGUCUGAGGUUUGUGGGAAGGGACCAUACUCUGUUUGAGUGCAACACUAGUAGUCUAAUGCUUUGAUUUUCGUCUAUUUGUGUGAUCUGCUGGCAACGUGGAGAGUGAGGGCUGAUGCACAGAUAAGAGAACUCUUCCUCCUCUUAAGAUGCUGCGUUGCUGCAUUGCUUUGGCUGCUUUUUAUGCUUCUGAGCUGGAAGCUGUUUUAAUUGGUGUGCAUUGUUUUGUUGUAGUCUGGACAGCACACAUUAUUUGAGGGGAAGGCUUUAAUACUAGAGGGACUGAGCACUAUGGCUCCAUUGUCUCAUCCCUGGCCACAGCUGAGGAUGAAUUUCUCCUGUGUUGGAACAGACACGAAUCUCCCAGUUUUCUCAGAAUAACAUCCUCUGAAAUAGGUGAUGCUGUUCGUGUCUGUGUGCACCACCUCCUGCUUCUGACUAUGCUUCGAGGGGAAAGAAAUCUGGUCUCUGCUGAUAACCAAUUGUGGUGGCUGCUCUUUUUCUUUCCUUUUUGUGCUGCUAAUAGACACUGAACGCCUCAAUACAUUGCUUUUGUGUCACAAAAAUGCAUCUCCUUUGGGCUGUGCACUGUAUUAAUACCUGCUGGAGUGCAGCAGCUGCAGGUACCUUAGCAGUUCCCAUGUCACUGUGGUGUUAAUUAGGUAUUCUCUUCCAUAUAAUCUUAGUGUGUUACCUAGAGUUACAAAAAAAAAGCUGUGAUUAAUAACACAGACUGGAUACGUAAGUUUGACGUAAGGAGCAAGAAAUCUUGGGUGUCUCGUUCCUGAUGGUAACCAUGUCUGCAAUUACCAGAACAUUCCUGUGAAGUGCUGACUGCCCUUAGAAGCAGAUAGCCCUUUCUUAUUGUCACAGUGUUGAACUGGAUGCACCUCGUGAGUCUGUAACUAAGCUCUAGAUGUAACAGUUAAAAUUGGUCUUGCAGGGGCGUAUUUUGAUCUGGAAAAGCAUUCAGUGCAAUUCAAAAUGAGUUCUGACCUUUCCCCCGUGAUUUUUCUGGUGUAUUUCUCAGAAUCAUGGCCAUGGAGGAGGAAGUUCAGCCAGCUUUGUCACCCAAAUGCGUAAGAGCUGCAAAUACGAGCAGUGGCAGCUUUUUCUAGUCCAGCAUUUGGAAAGAGGUAAAGAGUCAGGAGUUCUGUCUGAUCUAAACUAGUUAGAUUUCUUCUUGAAGAGUUCAUCUUGUCUUAGAAACAGGCACGAAUGUUCUGGUCUGAGCAGGCUUUGGUCCAUUCUCAGAACAAUGGCAGACUUUAUUUCCUCUUUUUAAUGUCUUGCUGUGCUCCAUUCUGUUGAAUGGUCUGUUCUUAGGAGUGUUUCUCCUGAACUGUACUCUCAGUUCUCUGAAUCCUUCACUCAACAGACCAGCAGCAGAUGAAAACUAGGACUGUGCAUCCUGACUCUGCAUUUACAACGUAUACAGUUUAAUCACAGAGGUUUAUGUUUGGCUUGAACUCCUGUUAUUUCUGCUGAAAACAAAAGCGCUCUGCAUAUCUUAUAGAUCCAUGGGGGAGAGAAAAACAUCAAAUGAACAAUUGCACAGCUUUGUAAUUAGAUGAGAGGAACUGGUGAUUUCCUGUUACAGGGGCUUGCUUUGGAGAACAAAUGUUCUGCUCUUUCCAGAGGGCUUUGUUUUGGCAUAGAGCACAGUCUUCAUGAUGAUCUGUCAGCUUGACUUACCUUUUCACUGUGCUGUUUUGCUUAAGUUUUGGAAACUUCCUUUCAAAACAGAGCCCUGCUUGCAGGUUUGCUCUAUCAGCCCUCUGCAGCUCUGGACAGUCUGCAAUGUCAAAUGUCCCUUUACUGUGUCUUAAAGGGGAAAGACUUAAGUUCAUGUAGGUUUUGAUGGCUCAGUCGAUGGAGCCAUCUCCAUCCCAGGCCAGUACAUGCCACUUAACUGCAACACGUGUGUUAUGUGUAUUCAUUUUUUACAUCUCAUCACCAGAAGCUUCCUCUCAUUCCAGCAAAUCGCAGAGUUUCUCUGGCUGUAUGUUAUUGAAUGCUGUGUAAAUGAAUCAUUUCAGAAUUAACUUGUUAUGGAACCUUUCAUCGGGUUCAAGGGAAGUGAAAAUGGUCCUUAGUGCCUUUCAGUAUCUAACUCAGUCUGCACACCCAGCUCUCACCUUUCUCAGCAGUUCUGCUUAGCCAGUUCUGUACAUAGGAAAAACUGCUUAUCUGUAUAACUUGUCUGCCUAUUUAUUGGUUUUCCAACUGUUUAUUUGAUUAUUCUUUGUUUUAUGGUUAAAUUUUAUUCCCUACACUGUACAUAUCAGUAUUGUGGCCCUGGAGCAUGUUCAUACCGUGAAAUAAAACUGUUGAUUCCUACUUCUA